AACCGCUGCAAGGAGUUUGAAAUUUACGAUAACAUACCCGACGUCUCUAUUUUACCCGAUUCCGUAUCAAUAGCCAGAGAAAUUAAAUAUUCCACUAGAGGUCGCUGUUUAUUUUCUACCGGAUAAUAUCCACAUCACGCGACAAAAAUGAAUGAAGAAAGGACUGCGGCAAAAGAACUCGACCAGUGGAUAGAACAACUGAACGAAUGCAAGCAACUUUCAGAAAAUCAAGUGAAAACUUUAUGUGAAAAGGCUAAAGAAAUAUUAUCCAAAGAAUCAAAUGUACAAGAAGUGAAAUGUCCUGUAACUGUGAGUGGAGAUGUGCACGGUCAGUUCCAUGACCUUAUGGAGUUAUUCAAAAUUGGUGGAAAUUCGCCUGACACAAACUACCUGUUCAUGGGAGAUUAUGUAGAUAGAGGUUAUUACUCCGUAGAAACUGUAACUCUUCUAGUAGCACUUAAAGUAAGAUUUAAGGAUAGAAUAACAAUUUUACGAGGAAACCAUGAAAGUAGACAGAUCACACAAGUGUACGGGUUCUAUGAUGAAUGUUUACGGAAAUAUGGCAACGCUAAUGUAUGGAAAUAUUUCACAGAUUUGUUUGAUUAUUUACCAUUGACAGCUCUAGUAGAUGGACAAAUUUUCUGUUUACAUGGAGGAUUGUCACCUUCUAUAGACACACUAGAUCAUAUCAGAGCUCUAGAUAGAAUACAAGAAGUUCCACAUGAGGGACCAAUGUGUGAUCUUCUUUGGUCAGAUCCAGAUGACAGAGGUGGCUGGGGUAUCUCUCCUAGGGGUGCAGGUUACACGUUUGGUCAGGAUAUCUCAGAGACAUUCAACCACAGCAAUGGUUUAACCCUUGUGUCACGUGCCCAUCAGCUAGUCAUGGAGGGUUACAAUUGGUGUCAUGACCGAAAUGUUGUCACUAUAUUCAGCGCCCCCAACUACUGUUACAGAUGUGGAAAUCAAGCAGCCAUUAUGGAACUGGAUGAUGCUCUUAAAUAUUCAUUCUUACAGUUUGAUCCUGCGCCAAGACGAGGUGAGCCACAUGUGACAAGAAGGACUCCAGACUACUUCCUGUAACUACUGUCCUUCUAUAGAAGAGACAAUGAUUAAAUGAACAACAUUAUAUUAUAAACUUGAUGUUAUACAAAGAUUUAAUAUUUUAUGUCAGUUUUUGUCUGUCGAACAUUUUCUCCAGGAUUUAAUGCAAGCUUUUUUAUGUUUAGGAGACUUUCUGUUGAUUGAGCUUAGCACGGAGAAGAACUGGCAUUUGUUGUGGUUAACUUAGAGUAUUCUUCAAUCUUUGCCGAGACCUGCUUUUCUGUAGGAAAAAAAAUAAUAAUACAGAAUACAGGUUGAAGGAUACUGUUAUAUUGUCUUAAAGCAAAUAGUGUGACAAGGCUAUUGGCGAAACAGCUAAUCUUUAUGUUUUUAUAUUUAACGACGUGAAAAAAAACUAUAGAUAUUAUCUUGUGUUAGAACAUUAUAAAGUAAUUUCUCCACUAGAAUAAGUAAUGAAUACUUCUAAAUAUUUCUAAUACUCUAAUAAUUUAGAUUCAUUGUGUAGAGAAAAAUGUUGAGGUAUUAGAACAAAUCUUUUUUGUUAGGAAUUUGCUAAAUUAAGGGCAAGAUUUACUUAUUCUGAUUAUGUAUUUUCUGUUGCUACAGCCUUUUAGAAUGCAAGGCAAAUGAAAACAUAUUGCGUUUGACAAAAAGCUUUUGAAUGUAAGUAAGUGUGAAAUUCGCAGUAGAUUUAAGCUUGCAUAUUUUUUAAAUAACAUAUGUGAAUACAAAGGGCAUAAUGUAAUCUGUUUUCUGUCAAAAAAUUGUGAAAAAGAAAUUAUAUGUAAUAAGGUCACUCUUAGAAUAUGGGGUAUGUAAAACUAUUGGAUUGUUACAUCUGUUGAAAAAAAAAACUAAAGCAAUAUAUAUGUAUUCUAUCAAACAAAUUUAAAGUAGUUUAUGCAUAAUGUAUGACAUGUUUUUUAUUGUUACUAGUGUUAACCUAUUAUACAUGUACAUCUCUCAUAAUUGUGUAGAAAACCUUGAUAUAAGAAUCACCUGUCUUUGUUGGCUUACAAUUUUGAGAGGGAAGGAAAGAUAGAUUUAAAUAACAUCAAGGUGCAAACAUUUUCAGUCCAUAAUCAUACACGUUGUGGAAUGGUGUAUUCUAUUUGGAAUAUUCAUGUGUACAUUGUACAUCAAAUGUACAUUGUACAUCACAUUGUAUGUACAUUGUAUAUCAUAUGUACAUUGUGCAUCAUAUGUACAUUAUACCUGCAGUACAUGUAGUUACAUGUACAACCUACUUUGAAUAUUUUCAUUCACAUUGUAUAUUUUACAGGGAGUAAUUUAAUGUACAUUGUGUAUUCCACUUAGAAUAUGUACAUUAUUCUACUUGGAAUCUUUACAUAUGUGUACAGUGUAUAUUUUACAUGGAAUAUUUAUCUACAUGUACAUUGUGUAUUCUGUAUGAAGUAUACAUGUACAUUGUAUAUUGUAUGUGGAAUAUUUAAUGUACAUUGUAUAUUCCACUUUGAACAUUUACAUAAUUGUUUAUUCUACUUGGAACAUUUACAUGUAUAUUCUACUUGCGAUGUAUGAAUGUAUAUUGUAAAUUCUACUUCAAACAUAUACAUGUAUAUAAUAUUUGGAAAAUUUACAUGUAUUAUUCUUUAUUUUACUUGGCAAUAUGACAAAAACACCUGUAGAUUAAUAUCUAGUUUUUGAAGAAAAAAAAGCCAAAACAUCUUACUUACUGUAACUAAACUUACAAAUGUUUUUAGCUCUAUAACUCUAUUUACAUGCAGAAAUACAAAAGAUGCAAAUUUUUAAUUUAAUUAACUCGGAAUUGAUUUACAUGCUUAAAUACAAAAGAUGGACUUUAUUUUGAUAAGCAAUGUUGAUUCACAAUUCAUAUCAACAGAAAAGUAAGAACUUACUUUGUUUUACAGACUUACUUUAUGUGUUCUGUCCAUUAUUUGUUAAUUGAAGCUGCCUAUUAAAAAAGAAAGGGUUAAGAAAAAACGGAAAGACAUUAGAUCCACUUACUGUCAUUAAUGUAAGAAAAACUUGAGUUAAAUGAGGUUGUGCCUGUAGAUUAAUCAUUAAUUUGUAUUCUAUUAAGUUUGUAUGCACAGAGAAAGUGCCCACUAAAUUGAUGAUAAGGAACUUUUAUGUAAAAUUAGAUAAAAAUUUCAUGACCAUGCCAAUACACUGUAUAAUUCUCUGACAAGUAGAACUAUUUGGUCAUAUAUAUAUAUUACAUCAUAUCCAUAUUGAUUUUUUUUCUUCUAAAGAAUUAGAUUACUCAUUUUUUGUAUUCAUUAUUUCUUAAUAAAAAUACCGUAUGACUAAGGUGUUAGACAGAAUAUUUUUUCAGGUUUGUAGAAAUGAAUAUUCAUGCCCAUUUUCCUAACUCGUAACAUGCAGGAACCGAGUAAUAAAGCCAUGUCCACCAGUAUAGAGCCAGGUUGGCCUUUAUGUUCAUGCAGCAUUACUACGCUCCAUACCAGUGGUAGCUCAAGUUUUGUACUUUGAUAUUGAAAUCCCUUAAUUUUUCAAAUGGACUGUUCCAAAUUCAAAGCAGGGCAAAUCCAUUACACAAAGUCAGUAGGUUUAGGAUUCAAUCUUCUUUUCUUUUUUUUAACAGCUAAAAUUUUUUUUUCUCCUGGUGAUCUGAUACUGGUAGAACUCUGUUAAAAUAUAUAUAUAUAUCUUUCAUAGUGUUUUGUAAUACUUUGUUAUUUUUCAAUUUUGUAUGUAAACAUGUUCUUAUGUAUGUAUAAAUAAUUCGUAGACAUUCAAAUUUACUAAAGCAAUUUGUGGAACAGUAAAUCAGGUUUGAGUACUGGAACAUUAGGUUCUCUCUCUCCCAAGGCCACCAGUGAAGUUAUAGGCUCUAAAAUGCUCUAAAUAUGUUUAUUUCUUGAACGAGUUGAAAAUAUUUUAGAAUAUUGCUGAUGUAUAAUGAAUAAAAUAAGCAUGAUAUUGCUGUUUUUUGUAGGAUUUUUUAUUUAUGGAUAAAUUCAUUUUAGAAAAUCUAUUGUAAAAAUUACUUGACCGCCCUCAUUUCCUGACAUAAACUCUAUUUUUUAUGUUUAUUUUAUAUUAAUUAACUUAUUUGACUAAGUUACAGUUUAUUUUCUAUGACUGGAACAAAAUACUCUUUAGAAGUGCUAUAUAUAUAUGAAAAUAGUUAUUAAAUUCCCUGUUAUUCUAGUUUUUUUACUUUGGACACAUUUAGUUGAAAUGUUCAGUAAUUCAAGAUGGAAGCCAAUUUUUAAAAACCCCUCCAGUUUCACUUUUAGACAAUUUAAGGCAGACAAAUAACACCAGUGUAGAGUUUCGGCCAGUUUGCCAUUUGGAUGCAGUCUGACCAGGUUUAAGUCCUUUGGCUAAAUUUUUAUAUGAAAUGAUGUUGAAGUGCGUCAUUUCAACAAUUGACAGUUUUAAUUAAAAGGACAUGCAGUUCAUUGUGAAACAGGUUGAUGGAAACACCACACUACACUUGUUUACAUUUGCUAUGAGACAGGCAUUGCUAUAGUCUGUGAUGAUUUUACAUAAUCCAGAUCUUAAAAAAAAAUAUUCAUUUUUAAUUGAAUGAAAAAAAAAAACGUUUGCAUGCAUCUGAUGGUGUGUUUAUAUAGAGUUAUGCACUUUAAAAAAAAAUAAAUGACAUAGGAGAAGGAAGUUGUAAAUUAUUUAUAUAAACAAGAACAGUAACUUCAUCGAGUGUUUAAUAUAAUGGGACACCACUUGUCACAUGUUGUUUUUUCCUCUUUACUAUACAAAGUCAAUUUCAUUCUCACCAGUAGUCAAUAUUUAUUCCCAUUUUCUGUAAAUUUUUUGUUUACAUGAUUUAACUCAGUUAAUAUGAAUGGAUUUAGAAGGUGUCUUGUUUUGAAUAUGGCAUUAUGAUUGUAAAAAUAAUGAAGAUAACUGUCAAUGUAAGUUUUAUGAACACACUGUAGAGUAAUAAAAUUGUGAUAGGAAAAUA